GGCGUCGAGCCGGAGCAGCCGGCUCUGGACGACAACGGCGAGCCCGUCAGAGGCCUCAGCGACAUGUGGAGCGCCGGCGUGGUGCUGUACUUGCUGCUGGUGGGCCACAAUCCCUUCAACCAGGCGCUGAAGCAGCCCUCGCAGGAGCUGCAAGACCAGGAAGUCUUGCGACUCGUCGCGCUGGGAAACUACAACCGGCGCACAGAGAGAUGGCUUCAGCUCCACCCGGAUGCCCGUGACCUCAUUACCAAGCUCCUCCGCGUGCAGCCUGUGCAGAGGUCCUCUGCUACGGAUGCGUUGCAGUCGGCCUUCAUCACACGCAGAGCGGUGUUGGGCCGGGUGGCAGGCUACGGCGGCCACUCCACGGCAAUCUCGUCAUGCAUGGAGAGCGAGCCCUCCGUGUUCUUCCGGGGUUCCGUGGCGCCCUGGGCUGGACGGGAGCGCCGGUGGGCCCGGCUCGACGGCUUUCAGCGUCUUGCCUGGCUGGCGAUGGCGCGGGCGCUGUCUGAGCCGGAGUUGGAUCGCUCCGUCGUCCAAGGUGCAAUGGAGGGCAUGGAGCACGAGCGGCAGCGCCGGUCCAGCGAACCUCGCGAGGCUGGCUACCUCUGGCAGCUGGCGCGGGAGCUGGGCACAGCUCCGGUCUUCCAGUGGCUUCAGGAGCGAGGUGCCUGGCCCGACGCGCUCCGCUUGGCUUUCGCUUUCCUGGACGUCGACGGCGACGGGGUCCUGGGCCCACGGGACCUCCAGGCACACUGCACAGGUCCCCCGCGCCGGCGCGACAUGGAGCCCGCAGCCGCGGCUGCCGUGUCCAAGGCGGCGAUGCCGCCGGCAGCAGAGCUGGUGCGGACGUGGAUACAGCGGUGGGAACCCAAAGACAGGUCUUCCGACACUCCAGCAUCCAUCUCGCAAGCGGGCAUGAGGGAGGCACUCGUGUCCUCGUGCAGUGGUGACGAUUCCCUCUUCGGCGUCCUCGACGACAACGAGGACGAUGGAGCCGUGGGUGGUGAUACGGAAAUCGAGGGAGAG